GCUGAUUGGUCCCAGAUGUUAACACGAGUUUGCAGCUGCAGCACGGAGGCUCCCGCGCUCGCUGCCGAUGUGGAGGAGCUUUAACUCCGGGGCGGAGGUCCUCUGGAGGAGUCUGCAGUCCCAUUAAGUAAUGUGAGGACGAUGCAGAGCAGCGAGCCAGAGGAGGCUCCACGCCGAGGAGACCCCGACCUGCUCAGACUCAAACCGGCGCUCUGAGGGAUGGACGGCUGCUCGCUGACACACUAGCUGUUCUCUGAUUGGCUGAUCCCUGACACCUGCAUCAAGAUGGCUCACCUGUUCCUCGCCAGCAAGAUCACAAUGCCCGAUGACCUCCACAGCAAAGGCGGCGGUGGCAGGGUCCCCCGGAGCGCCAUGAAGGUGCCGCCGUCCAUCUCCGCCGAGAAGCUGAGCCGGGACAAGCCCAGGAAGGAUCGUAGAGUCGUCGUGACAACGCACGUCCCGCAUGUCAAUGAAGUCCAGCUUACAGCGGCGACGGGCGGCGCCGAGAUGUCCUGCUACCGCUGCACCAUCCCGUUCGGCGUGGUGGUCCUCAUCGCUGGCAUUGUGGUGACGGCGGUGGCCUACACCUUCAACUCCCACGGGUCCACCAUCACGGUGCUGGGACUGGUGCUGCUGUCUGUUGGGCUGGGGCUGCUGGGCGCCAGCGCCAUCUGCUGGAAGGUCCGACAGAAGAAGAAAAAGGACAAGCGACGGGAGAGCCAGACCGCCCUCAUGGCGAGCCACGGGUACUGCGUGGUCUGAGCUCAGACCUCUGAAGUGAAUAACAACACAAACUAACAGGAUUUGAGACGCUUUACAAACUGCAGAGACCUCGCUGUGCUGUUUCCUCCUGCAGCUGACGCGAGGACAGCCGCAGAUGUUAACGACGAGCAGGGCGAAGGACGCGUCUCGGACAAAACAUUACUAAUGGAGACGCCUUCAUCAGCUGGAGGUGUUGGAUGAGGAAAAGCUUGCUUUAGUGCUGACACAAAGAGAUAAAUAACACGUCAUUAAUUUUACAAAUAUGCUGAUAAACCAAUUUUUCAAGCAGAAAUUCAGAAUAUUUUCAGGUCCCAGCUCCUCAAAUCUGCCCGAUUUCUCUGAUUUAUCUGUCGUCGAGGUUCUGGAGUACAAACAUGUGAACCUCCAAACACCCACCCUGC